CGGCAGACGCCACGCACCGUCGCCGUCGCCGUCGCCCCCGGCCGCUCAGGUCACCGGUCACCCCGGCCAGUGAGGUCACCGGUCAGCCGCCGAGCACGUGGACAUGGCCGACUGCGAGACCAUCCUCUGUGAUAACUGCGGCCGCGAGAUCGGCGCUGCCAACCACACCGUGCACGUCAGCCACUGCCGGCGCCACCUCGGCGUCUGCCCCGAGUGCGGCGAGACGGUGCCGCGCGCCCGCAUGGACGAGCACCGCGCCAGCGAGCACCGCCGCGUCGACUGCCGCCUCUGCGGCCAGCAGGUGUUCUCCGGGCUGAUGGACGUGCAUCAGGAGGAGUCGUGCUCAGGCCGGGCCGUCACCUGUCCCUACUGCGAGCUGAGCAUGCCGUUCUCGUCGCUGGAGGAGCACGAGAGCUACUGUGGCGCGCGCACCGAACCCUGCCCCACCUGCGACGCGCGCGUCAUGUACAAACACUGGCCGCUGCACGUGCAGUCGGGUCACACGCUGACCCGACCUGAGCGGCCGCGCACUCCGCCCAAAGCCGGGGGUGACAAGUGGGCCGGCACUCGGCGAGCGAGUCUGCGCCAGGAGACGACGCCCGGCAAGUCCUUCGGAGAUCACGUCUCACUCGACGACAAAAUCGCUUCAUACGUCAGAAAGCCCGUCGAUGAAAUAGUAGAAGAUACGAUGGAAAGCUGGAGAAAGCGGAAAGAGCUCAGGAAAUUCGAGGAUGAUUGCUUCGAGCAAGCCAUGCUGAUGGCCAUUGAGCUAUCCAAGGCCUCGGCGGAGGACGAGCCAGGCAAGCCCGUGCCUUGCCGGCGCUGCGGACGCCGAUUCCCGGCGGAGGAGGUCACGCGGCACCAGGACUCGUGCAGCGACGAGCGGCGGGGUUGCUGGCCGGAGGACGACGACGCCGUCACGCUGCCCUGCGAGUUCUGCGAGAGCGCCUUCCUGGACGCCGACCUGCUACGACACCAGGUUAGAUCGCAACGAGCUCAGGGUUGGCGUGAGGAGAACCUGGAGUUGACCGACGCGCCGCCCAAGACGCCGCAUCGCAAGUCCAAGCACAAGAAGAAGGUCAACUUUCUCGGCCAGGACGAAUUCAUUCACCCUGAGCCAGAGUACGUUGGCGAAGUCGUGGAAGGCGAGAAGAAGAAGAAGAAACACAAGAAGCGAUCGUCGAAGAAGCACCGCGCCCCGGAGCCACCCGGCGAGCCGGCCAGCCCUCUGCUCACGUACGACUACUGA